UGCAGGCAGGGGGGUCGGGCUGGCGCUGCGGCGGCGGCGGGGAUGCCGUGGGUCCCUGACGGCGCUCGGCAGGCCGGAGCACUGCAUUGAAGGCACUGAGGUGAGGUGCGCUGGCAGGCAGGCGGGGAAAGUGAGUUUGGGGGACGGGAGAGUCCGAUGACACAGAGACUACUGAAAUUUUUUGUGUGGAGGACACGUUAUGAACCCUUUCUGGAGCAUGUCUGCGAGCUCUGGACGCAAACGGUCUGACGGUGACGAGAAGACACUGACGGGGGACGGGAAAACCAGUCCUCCACGCACUGCUCCCAAGAAACAGCUGCCUUCCAUCCCUAAAAAUGCUCUGCCCAUAACUAAGCCGACAUCCCCCGCCCCCGCAGCGCAGUCCGCCAACGGCACACAUGCCUCGUACGGACCCUUCUACCUGGAGUACUCGCUCCUUGCAGAGUUCACCUUGGUCGUGAAGCAGCGGCUACCAGGUGUCUACGUGCAGCCGUCCUACCGCUCGGCACUGAUGUGGUUCGGAGUAAUCUUCAUACGGCACGGGCUUUAUCAAGACGGUGUGUUCAAGUUCACAGUUUACAUCCCCGAUAACUACCCCGACGGCGACUGUCCACGCUUGGUGUUCGACAUUCCCGUCUUUCACCCACUGGUGGACCCCACCUCGGGGGAACUGGAUGUGAAGAGAGCGUUUGCCAAAUGGAGGCGGAACCACAACCACCUGUGGCAGGUGCUGAUGUACGCGAGGAGGGUGUUCUACAAGAUCGACACAGCGAGCCCCCUCCACCCCGAGGCUGCCGUCCUGUAUGAAAAGGAUGUUCAUCUGUUUAAAAGUAAAGUGGUGGACAGCGUGAGGGCGGGCACGGCCCAGCUCUUUGAGCAGCCCCGAAUAGAAGACCCCUACGCCAUCAGCUUUUCUCCGUGGAAUCCUGCUAUACACGACGAAGCCAGAGAGAAGAUGCUGACUCAGAAAAAGCCUGAAGAACAGCACAAUAAAAGCGUUCACGUUGCUGGCCUGUCGUGGGUGAAGCCUGGCUCCGUACAACCGUUCAGUAAAGAAGAGAAAACAGGAGCUACUUAGGAGCUGGAGAGCCCGGUGCACCGUGCACUCGCCUGCGGCUGGGCCCAGCUCUGGCUGCCCAGCGGCCGGGACUGCUGCAGAGUAAACUGUGUGAACAGGGACUGACACCGGUGUGGUCUGUGCACGCUUAGGUUCUAACGGCAAGUUUUAGAGACCGCUCCAGUGACGCGUUACUUCUGUCAGAAGUGUCUUAGGGUGGUGAAUAGUUCAGUACUCCCAAUUCUUGGGGACAUUGAGGCUUAAGUAUUUUUCUGAAUGUAAAGCUAAAGGUAAGUGGCAUUCAUUUGAAACUAAUAGGGUAGACAGAGUUUAGCACUAUCUAAUGACGUUCAGACCAGCGGUUCAGCUGUGCAUGUGUCAGGGUGUGGAGGAAGCAGGUUCCCGAGCUCACUAGCACUUGAAGUGCAAGGUCAUUUGAACCUCAGGCUUCAGCCUGCUGUCUUGCUGCUUUACGAGCUGCUGUCACUGAGGUGCGCAUUAGGUGAGCGAGAAGAGUCCAGAAUGUUUGUUCAUGUUGUUUGUUUUUUUAAAAGCAAAUUACUUACUGUAUUUUUGUGGCAGGAGGGAGAAAAAGUGUUGAAACGGUUUCUAAUGAAGUCAAAUAUUUAAGCAAUGAAUGACUAAUGUGUUUUGUAGAGACAAAAUAAACCAAUAAAUGAUGGUUCUUUGUCAUUUAUGCAGGAAACUAAAUACCCUUUUCUCAGUAUAACAAAGAUUAAUUUAUAAAUGCUUUAUUGAAAAAUACACUUAUUUUCAUAUAAAAUUACAGUAGCAGUAAAUAUCUGAAGAGGUUUUAUAAAUAUUUUUUGCAGAACACUAUUCUAACUGAACAGUGUAAGUUCCAUAUUUCUCUUGGAGCAAAUAUGAAGUUACCUAGUAACUCUGUUUAUACUGAUUCAAUUUACAAUUGAAUUUUCUCCCUAAAAAGGUUAUUUGUUCAACUUAAAAACUGCUGGAGCAAUACUGAUUAAUAAAGGUAUAUAUAGAUCAUUUCA